AUGAAUCCGACUGACGCACCAACUGCGCUAAAGGCUAUCAAGCGUCCAGAGCGCAUGAAGAGCUCCACCGUCAUUUCCUCCGUAUUCUCCUUAUUCUCGGUGUCCUGGUUAGCUUCGAAACUCUGGUUCCAACUCCGCAAGCGUAUCUUCUACGCCUCUCCUUGUGAGCUUCUGCAGCUAUCUACACUUCUGUACUACCUAUACAAUCUCUUCCUGCUCACCGGACGUCUGCUAGCCGUUGGCGUGUUUGUUGCAUCGGUUGGCUUCCUGCAUCUGCUCUAUGUCUUGCUAAUUCAAGUCUGCCUGACUGCGCUAACUGAUGUUGCCGUGACCUGGGGUCACGAAAAGAGGUCCAAGCGAUCGAAGGAGAAUGUUGUCCACGGCUUUUGGAAACUGUCACCCUCAUUUUCGACGUUUCCUUCACAAUAA